ACUCCCUCUUUUUCCUCUCAUUUCUCCCACGCUUCUUCUUCUCUCUCUCUCUCUUCCUCUUCCUCUAUAAAAACCUUCCACCACCACGCGGCCGCCAUCGACGCUGCGCCACCACUGAUUAGUUGUUUUCAAUUUUCCAUAACUUCCAUAGCCACCGCUUUAAUCUCAUUUCCUUCCAAGGGUCAAAAAAAAAAAAAAAAAAGAAAAAACAACGAGCAGAGAGUAUAUUCAAGAGAAUUAUAUUAUGGCAUCCUUGAUCUCAAGCCUCGAAUCAAAUUCAGACACGUCGCAAGAAUUCAAGCAAAGGAAGAAGCGAAGAAAACUCACUCACGAAACGCAGAAUCAAAGCCAAAACGGGGAGACGAACAAUCGAAACAUCAGCAAAACUAGGUGGAAAACUCAAGCAGAACAGCAGAUCUAUUCCUCCAAGCUUCUAGAAGCUCUUCGGCGAUCUCGACGGACCUCCUCAAUUUCUUCCAGAGGCAGAGAAAUUCGCGAAACUGCUGAUAAAGUCCUUGCGGGGGCUGCAAAAGGCAAGACGCGGUGGAGUCGUGCGAUUCUGGCGGGAAGGCUUAGGUUGAGGAAAGUUAAAAAGGUUAGGAAAGUGAAGGUAACAGGAGAGAGACGGUUGAGGAAGAAGGAGGUUGCUAGAGAGAACAAGAGAUUACCUAUUUUGGAGGAUAGACUGCGAGUUUUGAGCCGUCUGGUUCCCGGUUGUCGAAAGACAUCGUUUACCAGUCUUUUAGAGGAAGCUACUGAUUACAUCGCGGCUUUGGAGAUGCAGGUCAAAGCUAUGACAACUCUCACAGAGAUUCUCGCCGCCGGCGGUGACGCGCAGGUUAACUCCGCAAGCUGAGUGAAUAGCCCAAUCACAACUUGUUAGUUAUGCCAGGUGUUAUUAAAAUUUUUUAUUUUGUUUCUUGUAUUUUUCUCUCUUUUAUAAUUUUUUUCUUCAUUAUUAAUUCAUGUACUUUAUUAUAUACGUAACUCGCAUCUUUGGAGCAUUCGGACCUCAA